CCGCAGCCCCGCAACAUGGACGGCAGGACGCCCCGCCACCAAAGGCUGCUCCGCACCCCGCGCGGCCCACCGACGCCCCAUCACCCUCGCCACCACCCCGGCACGCCCGGCCAAAACCCUAUCCGCUACUUCCCCGCCGCCGCCCCGCUCUCCCCGCGCUCCGCCGCCGCCAUGGAGGACGACGCCAUCACCACGCUCAUGGACAUCGACGACUCCCCGCGCAGCGCCGGCUUCCUCGACGACGACGACGAAGGGGACCUCCUCCACUCCCACCGCAUGGGCGGCCGCGGGAACGAGGCCCGGGGCCCCCUCCCCUUCGCCGCCUUCUUCAACACCUUCGACGGCGCCGACUUUGACGACUCCGAUCUGGCCUGAUCGAGGCUCGUCUCCCGGUACCGGUGGCGCUCCUUGGCUCCGAUGAGGUUGGGAGGUCAUUCUGUCUGUCGAUAUCUUAAUGGCGGUCUAUUUAGUUAGGUUAUUAUCGGUGAAUUGAAACUACUAUUUCGACGGCAUCUGGAGACCUUUCGGUGAUCAAAUCUAAGUAUCGUACUGCUGCGUUGCCCUUGGAUCUCAUGUUGUUUGGUUAUUAAUAUGCAAGUGCCUUAACUUA